AUGGGCCAGGACGCGCUGUGGGUCCCUCUGGGGCUGGCCUGCUGCCUGCUACUGCUGCUCCUGGGGGGCUCUGGGGGCUUGGGGAGCCGAGGGACCCCACCAACACCACCGACUCCACAGACACGGAGGCCCUGGGAAGAGGAAAGGGGCCCCAUGACGGAGGUGGGACCGUGGGGCAGGGUGAGGUACGAAGCUGUGAAGAAGCACUUGGGAGCCGUGGGUGCUCUCUCCAAGCAGUACUGGCAGUAUGUGGCAUGCAAGGUGUGGCAGGAGGGCUGCAAAGAGGAAGAAGAGGAAGAACGAGAGUCUAGUCAUAGCCCAGGCUGGAGCUUGCCUCUGGUGGGCCAGGAUUACCUGGAGAUCCUCUCUGCCUGGUACUGCAGCUUGGGCAAGUGCUGCGAGACAGGAGACUGCAGGAUAGUCAACAAUGUCACAGGGCUAGAAGCAGACCUCAAUGGGCAGCUCCAUGGGCAGCAUUUGGCCAAAGAAAUUGUGAUCCGGGCAGUGCGAGGGUUCCUGCGCAGCCAGUGGCCGGAGAAGGCUCUGGUCCUCUCCUUCCAUGGCUGGUCUGGCACAGGCAAGAACUUUGUGGCUCGGCUGGUGGCCAGCCGCCUGUUCCAGGACGGGCUGAAGAGCGACUGUGUCAGGCUGUUCAUCUCCCUCUUCCACUUCCCCCACCAGAAGUACGUGGACUCCUACAAGGCUCAGCUGAGGAAGCAGAUAAGUGAGACUCUGCAGCUCUGCAAGCAGUCCCUGUUCAUCUUUGAUGAGGCAGAGAAACUUCAUUUUGGCCUCCUGGAUGCCAUCAAGCCCUUCAUGGCUCGCUCUGACCCGGGCCAGGUGGAUUACCAGAGAUCCAUCUUCCUCUUCCUCAGCAAUCUCGGUGGCAACACCAUCAAUGAGGUAGCCCUGGACUUCUGGAGAGCUGGCCGGGCACGGGAGGAGAUCUCCAUGGAGCUCCUGGAGCCACGGCUGAAGCUGGAGCUGCAGGAACCUGAAGAGAGCGGUUAUGCCCGCAGCCACCUCCUCGAAGAGAACCUCGUUGACUUCUUCGUGCCCUUCCUGCCCCUGGAGUACCACCACGUGAAGCUCUGCGCACGAGACGCCUUCCUGGCCCGCAGGCUGCCGUACACCGAGGCAGCCCUCGAUGAGGUGGCCAGGAUGAUGGUGUAUGUGCCCAAAGAGGAGAAGCUUUUCUCUGCACAGGGCUGCAAAUCGGUGUCCCAGCGCAUCAACUACUUCCUUCCCUGAACACCACGCGGGACACCACCAGCGGUGAAGACGGUUCUGCACGCUUAGGAGCUGCUCUCCUUGCAGAGGGGUGGGUAAGCAGGUUACCCAGCCGUGUGCUUGCCCAGGGACAGAGACUGAAGCCCGUGUUCAUCCGAGGGCUGCUUGGAGGGAAGGAGGGGCACCCAGCCUGGCCUUGCUGCUGGGACAUGGGGACAGCCUGCACUUGGCCACGUUAAAAGCCAGCCUGGUGGCUUUUAAGUCCCUUCUUUUAGCAGGCAGUAACUUGAAGUAGUGAUUGGGUUGUGCUGAGGAGGACUUUGUGUGACAGGAGUGAGGAUGCCCAAGGCCUUGGUUUGUUAGCGUGUAGUGAAGGCCUUGGACAGACUGGUCCUGUGGAGACAGUCCAGCGAAAGCCAUGUCCUCAUCAUGCUCAUCCCUGUCCCCAGCUUGCUCAGA